AUGCAGGUUGGAGUGUUGGGUGGCGAAUAUGUCGAUGAUGGCGAUGAUCUUAUCACGCCUCAGCUAAGCAAGUCGUUUCCCCCUAUGCAAAUGCACUGUCAAGCAAGCAAGCGACUGCCACAACAAAAAGAUGUUCCUUUCAAAAAGAACAAAGACACAGUUCAUCGCCACCCGACAACCAACAAAAAGAAAGCGCACUACCAAAGUCGAAACAUCCAGCUUCGGUUGGCAGGAACCGAGCGCCAGACGUUUGUUACCAUUCGGAGAAAGCCUGCCCGAAAGGGGGAAAUGCAUCACUAUAUUAUAGCAGAAGCGAGGAGUGGGGAGAACUAG